CGAACCGUGACUGUCCCUGAGCUCAUCGGCAUCCCAUAAUGUCAGGUCUCGCGUUCUUGGUAACAGAACUCCAGUCGCUGGCUAGUGAAACUCGGAGGAAAUACCCUGACGUUCGAGAUGCUGCAGAGAAGUCCCUCUCUAUGCUGAGAGCUUCUCCUGAACAAGCAUCUGCAAGUUUGCUCACGGAUGGGGCCCAAUCAGAGGAGUUACUUAAGCCAAUAUUCAUGGGAUGCGCUACCAAAAAUCCGAAAGUCGUCACUAUUUCGCUCGGCUCACUUCAGCGCUUAAUCGUCAUGAAGGCUGUCCCCCUUUCAUCCAUUCCUCAUAUCGUAUCCACAGUUGCCGAUUGCAUGUCUCAAGGCGUUGAUGUGCAGCUCCGUAUACUUCAAACAUUGUUGUCACUUCUCACCAAUUAUUCUGGUAUCCAUGGGGUGUUACUUGGGGACGCAUUAUUGUUGUGUUUUAGACUACAGGAGUCCAGAAUUGCCGUCGUUUCAUCUACUGCAGCCGCUACGCUGCGGCAGCUCGUGAUGCUAGUAUUUGACAAGGUGGUUGAUGCCGAACGGAUGGACGAGGUUGACGAGGAUGGGAAGGAGCGAGAGAAGACAGUGUUUCCUAAUGGCACAGAAGUAUUCCUUUCUCCAUCCUCCAGGGAUGCAUUUUGCGUGUUUCAGGACCUAUGCUUGCUAGCGAACUCAGAGCGCCCGAGUUUCCUCAGCCUCGAGUCCCUGCCAAAAACCUUUGCUCUGGAGUUAAUCGAGAGUGUGCUGGCUAACUAUCACUCUAUGUUCAGAAAGCGAUCCGAGCUGCUCUUGCUGCUUAGGCAUCAUCUUUCACCGUUGCUACUAAAGGCCCUUUCAGAUAAACCUAUAUUUCCCUUAACCCUCCGCUCCACACGAGUCGUGUUCCUUCUGCUCAAACAGUUCCUCGAGUUGCUGGAGACUGAAGGGGAAGUAUUCCUAAUGCUAUUCAUAAAAGUCAUCUCGGGUGACCAUGAUAAUCAUGAAGCACCUCGUCCAUCUUGGAUGCGGGUGCUUGCCAUGGAGAUCAUCCGAGGACUAUGCAGUGAUGCCGAGAUUGUUCGCCAAAUAUGGGAUCGUUACGACGGGGCCAGAGCAAAAAGCUCCUCAAAAGUUUUCUCAUACCUUGUUACGGCGUUGAAACGUCUCGCCACUGAGAAACCUGCUCUCCUGGGUUCAUCCUCUCAAAUAUAUGGAUCCGGGGUGUCUGCCAUCCUUUCACAGUCUACAUUAGAUUUGGGUCUUAGCGGAGCUUCGGGAUAUGGGAUUGAAACCGUCGCUGGUGUUGUUGCGAGCGCUGCCAAUAUGGUCGGAAUCGGUUCAGGCACAGGGCUUAGCAUCCAGGGUGCCUCAAUGAAACUGCAAUGCAUUGAUCAACUCGAUAAGGCGGAUGCACCAGCGAUCCCCGAACUUUAUGUCUAUCUUUUGGCUUUGCAGUCCUUAGUGGCGCUUACCGAAGCCUUUGCCUCUCUCUCUGUCCCCCUCUAUACAUCUAUUGCCAUUCAACGUCCCCGUGCUGCAGGGGAUUCGCCUAUACGGGCACCACCGGCUCUUGACAUCUCGAAAUUACCGGAUUCAGAGUCCAGCACACAGCAGCUGCGAUCGGUGUAUGGCAUGAUUGAAGCCGCUUGGCCAGCUACACUGGCUGCAUUGUCCUUCUUUAUCACUACGACUCUUUCAGAUGACCUUUUCGUCGAAGUACUGACUGGUUUGCAGAGCAUGGCAAAUGUAGCUGGAGUAGUUGGACUGAGCACCCCUCGGGAUGCGUUCUUGACAUGUCUCAGCAAAUUCGCAAUUCCGUCUGGAGUUGUCUCCGCCCUCGAUUCAGCUGCUUCAUCAGAAACGCCUGCGACGCCCCGUUCAGCAAGUGUGCUCUCGGCCGCCACAGAAAAUUUAGCUGCGUUAGCUAACAGUGUAGGGGGCAGCGGACCUGCGGCAAGCGUUACCCCAUCCCUCUCAGAUCGCAAUAUGACCUGCUUGAAAGUGCUUAUCUCAACCGCACUCUUCCUUGCCGGGAGUCUCGGCAGCAGCUGGUUCGACGUGUUGGAAACACUUCAGAAUGCCGAGUAUGUCCUAUUCGUCAAAGGUCCUUCUGCCACUCGCCGUGCUUCCACGGGGCCCUCGGGACUCAGCCCAAUCAAAUCCCGUACAGCCUCGAUGACUCCCCCUGCUGCAGCUUUGAGUGUGGGAUCCCCAUCGAGCCAUACCAGGUCUUCCAUAAUGUCUGACAUCGACGUGGAGAGUGUCAGAGCCAUGAUGAAUCGACUCUUUGAUGCGUCAAAGAAUCUUGAUGAUGAAGCUUUUCAAUUUUUCAUCACGGCUCUCUGUAAACUGAGUUCUGAGAUGAUUAAUAUGCAGGCAGGACUAGCGCCCACGGAAUCCCAGAAUGAGAACAGUGUAGACGAUCUCUCGUCAGGACUGUUGCCACCACGAGUGGAAUCACCUCACCGUCGUCGGGCUAGUGGGAUCCAGCUCACAAGAAACAUUCGAGGCGGUGACUUUGGCAUUGCCAGAUUAGGUUCUGUGUCGAAGCUCAAUAUUCAUCGUCUCAUCUAUCGGGAUCCCGCUCUCGCAUGGAAUAUUGUUGUAGGUCACCUCCUAUCAACCUUGAAGAACCCCCUUGCGCCUUCACCUAUCCGUCUCCAAUCAGCCGAGGUUCUUGAUGACAUCUUGGUUGUUGUUCCAAGAAACAUCACAAACCUAGGCGAUCAGGCUGAGAUGCAACAAAGAAUGUUCCGUGCUCUGAGUGAGCAGGUGAUUUUUGAACCACCGCAGUUUUCGUUCACUGUCACAGAAGUACGACGUCUGGGUCUCGAAUGCCUGCAUGAGAUACUGCAGUUUUCCGCUCACACCCUAGUGACUGGAUGGGAGACUAUUUUCGAGGUUUUGUCCAGCGUCUGCAUCCCACCACCUUCGUACUCACCCUUGCCGCCCUCCCCACGAUCCCCCUCCGAUCAAGCCGAGAGUUCGUCGCGUCCUCGGCCGCCUCCACUUUCGUCUCCUUUGAUUAAGUCGAAUGCUUCUCUACUACGGAUCGCCUUUCAGUCCUUGACUCUGGUUUGUGAUUCCAUCGACGCCUUAUCCCCUGACAACCUUCGGCUUUGUAUCAAUACCAUUGGUCAGUUCGGCACACAGCCCGAUACAAAUAUAGCGCUGACGGCCGCCGAGAGUUUGAUGUGGGGCGUAUCGGAUUCUGUCCAAUCCAAGCGGAAAGAUUCAGACAAAGAACCUGUCUACAGCAGUCUGUGGAUGUUCCUUUUAUCGGAGCUGCUCCAACUAUGUGCCGAUCUUCGUACUGAGGUUCGGAAUGGCGCGAUCCAAACGCUUUUCCGCUCGCUUCAGCUUUAUGGGGCAACUUUGAGUCCUGAAAUGUGGACGGAGUGCCUUGAAACCAUUGUAUUCGCCCUAUUCGAUUCCCUAUCAUCCUCUAUCCGUAAGCUGCAUACCGAUCUCUCCACAUCAUCCAACACGGCCGUGCUGGCGAUAAAUGAGUGGUAUAACACAAAGAGUCUUGCCUUUCAGUUAGUCGGAUCAGUGCUUUCAGAGUUUCUUAUAUCACGCAUCAUCCGCCUCCCCGCCUUUGCGAAAAUUUGGCAGCGGUUUAUUACCCAUAUUACACAAGCCGCUUUAUUAGACAACCGGAUUGUUACUACUGCCGCGCUAAGAUCCCUCGAGGCAAGCAUCAAUGCUUCACGGACCGAGGCGGAGGAUCUUCAGGACGCUUCGAGAACUGCACGUGAGGCUGCAUGGAGCAGUCUUGAAGCGGUAGGGUCGGCGGUUGCGAAUCAGCGGGAGGCAUCGGGAGCACCACCAACGGAGAUCGGAGCCACCCCUCCUUUCAAUCAAGACAGUUUGCUUGCUCUGGCGGAUGUGCUGAGGGUCUUGUAUGUCUUUAAUGGAGAUCAGUGGGAGCUAGGAAGGUUGCGGCAGAUGAUGUUCAUCCUUAAAGCCAUCAUGACAUACACCAAGUCGCCAGAGUAUCGACCAGAUGUUGACAAACUCACCCCUGUUCAGUUAGCAGUUAUACAGGCUGUGGAAGCUAUUAAACUCACUGUUCGUUUCUCACCUUCACUUGUCUUGAGUGAUCUGUCCGAGUUUGCCACCUUGGCAUUUGUUGCUGCGUUCGAGGUGGAGAGCAACUCGGGCCCUCAGAACUCAGCCGCUUCAAAACAAGUGACAUACAUAGCCUUAGCUAAGUACGCAAUGCCGAAGUUAGUGGAUUUAUACCUCAUCCAUAAGACUGAGUUGGACAUCUACAAUGAUGGGACGUUGGAGCGUGUUCUCUCGUCAUAUUCCAUCCCUAUGAAGUUGAAGUACGACUGUCCAGCACCAUCAAAAUUCGGAUCAGAUGAACCCCUAUGGAAAACUGCGACGACGAACUUUCUUAAGAUCGUGAGGGAGUUAGGUCAGAGCAUUAAGAGCUUCAGUGACACUAUCCUUCCCGAACAUAUGGAGGGAAUUUGGCGUCAGGCUCUGGAUGUCUUCCGUGGCGCGCUUCUCGCUGAUUGUACUGCUGUCACCCAAUUCUCACUUGAAAAACAAGAUGCGGAAGAGAAGUUCGACCUAGCACUACUUGCAACAUUGGAGAUCGACGUGAUCCCAUACGUUGGUGACGCCCGAGUGCCUGAUCCCGUGAUUAUCCAGCUAGGGAAGACUUUGCAGAACGCCUGUGUACUUCACGACCUAGAGUCACAUUUUGAAGCGCGCAUGGACUCUCUACAACGACCUGAUAAUGGAGGGAAGAAGGGCAAACCAAACGGUCUUCCCGUGGAACCGUUGCCAAUAUUCGGUACCACAGCGCAGGCUAAUCUGCUUCCUCGUGAACGCUUCAACUAUUGGUGCUUCGAUUUGCUGUUCUUAGCGUGCUCGGCUUCCACUCAAGACAAUGCCGCAGAACGGCAGAGGAUUGCUGCUCUUAUAUUGCCAAGCCUGUUGAACAGAUGUCAUACUGUUCUAGCGACAUACGUUGUAGACGAGGCACUGCGAGGAGGGGUACCAUUUCCAAGGGCAAGAGAAGAAGAGCUUCUGUACGUGCUUCGCAAGCUCCAGGAACUUCGCCUUUGGCAUGGGUGUUUAUGGGCAGCUUUCUCAAAUGAUCCUUCCAGGUGGAGUGUCAACGUUCCAGACAUCGAUACAACGUUAGAACCUCUGAAGAUGAUUGCAGAUGCAACAAAACGAUCGAGUCAGGCCCACCUUUUUCAUUUCUACACUUUGCUCUACGAAAUUGCAACUAUACGCCGGGCCCCUCCGUCAAUGUGGGUUGCUUCCCCAUAUUCACCAACGCAUUCGCCUUCUGCUUCGGAUUCCAAGGUGAACGGAUCAAAGAGUAAAGAAAAGAACAAGAGCACUGUAAUUGAGGUAGAUACUCGCAUCCUUGCGAAAGCUUGUUUGCGGCAGAUCGGCAGGGAAAUGGGUGCGGAGAUCUAGAUUGUAUAGCCAAUGCUCGGUUUUGGAUGUGUGGACUUUUCGUCAAUUGAAUUCCCUUCAAGUGUAAGGUUCGCAGCAGCAAAGUACUCAUGUCAUAGACUCCGCUCGACAGGGAACCACCAUCGGACCUCCUCGUCAUACUCUUCCUCGACAGUCCAGUAUGUCCUACCAAACCACGCUUGCUCAAGGUAAGGUUCCCAG